ACGAUGAUAUUCGGAUCGAAGGAACGAUAUAAGUGUACCCAAAGGUAUCGUGGGAGUUGAAAUGUACCCAAACUGACUAAUUAUAAUCAGGAUUUAAGUACAAGGCCGAAACGGAGUGCUGAAAAGGUUUGUUUUUGUUGGCUCGACCGUUUGACAGAUGAAAGCGAGGAACGGAAGAAGAAGACAAAGAAGCCCGGAACAAGUUGCGCUUGGGUCGAGUUGUCGCAGCUAAAAAGUGAAGCGACAAAAUUACGGGAUUUUGUGUCGUGUCGUAAAGUGUGUGUUGUUGUCUUGCACUUUCCGUGGAGUUGUUGUCGUUGUUGUUGAGGAGGAUUUUCGUUUCGAGCGGCUCCGAGCCCCGAAGGAGGAUGGGACCGACGAAAGUGACUCAAGAUGAUCAGCAAUUUAAUAUCGACUUUGUGGGCGCAGUGAAGAAGCAUUUUUGCCUCUUCGACAGCAACAGCCCGGAAUACAAGCAGGCCGUGAUGCAGGACAAAGCUUGGCAAGCCGUUUCGCAGGAGGUAGGCGAAUCGGUGGACACCUGCAAGAAGCGCUGGCGCAACUUACGCUGUUGCAUGACACGGUACCUGAAGUCCGUGCGCGACAACACAGAUUUGGCGGCCAACGGGCGUCGCAAGCCGUACUACCUGUACAACUACAUGAAGUUCGUAAUCCCGUACCUGAAAGUGAAGGACGAGAACGUGUCCUCCUAUGAGUACGAGGAACCACCCUGGACGAAACCGAAUUCGUCUGCAGGCGGAAGCAAGGAUGCUUCGAACCAGGGCGAGGAGGAAGAUGAGGAUGAUGAAGUAGAAGACGGUCCCAUGCAUGAAAUCGAAACAAUCGACGUUAAUGAGGAAGAGGAUCCCAACCAGCAGGAACUCAAGCAAAGCAUCAUCCAAUCGAUCAAGAUCAUUGGCCAGCAGCCACAAACAUCCAGCGAACAGCAGCAACAGCAACAACAGCAACAACAACAGCAGCAGCCACAGCAGAUUACCAUAAGCGACACAUCGACGGCGGUGGCGCCGGCCAACACGACCACGACUACGUACGAGAUUUUCACCGGACCACCCGUGAAACAGGCUCGUCUAUCGAGUUCGUCUUCGAAUUGCGAUGCUAUUAACUCCAGCAAUUCACAUACUGCGACGAUAAAGAAGGAACUGUUGAACGCGCGCCAGUUUAUCACUCUCACCGCCGCCGCCACUUCGACACCAAACACGACGGCGGUGCCCGUGUUCCACAGCCCCACAAUCGCUACGCAGCAUCAUCAGUUGACCCCCGUUCCCGCUAACUUUGCGCAACAGGCAUCUGAUGCACAGCUACACCAGCAGCAGCAACAGCAGCAGCAGCAGCACCCAACAACACAACAGUUUACCUUCUUACCGAGUACAGCACAGUCGCAGAUACCGUGCGACGCUGACCACAACUUCUUCCAGAGUCUCAUCCCGGACAUUCUAUCGAUGACGAUGGAGCAGAAGCGCAAACUGAAGAUCGGCAUUCUCCAGCUCAUCGAUAAUAUUCUCAAUGUAUAGAGAAGGCGGUCGUUACAUUCGUCGAGAUAGCACCAUAUUUCCCACUCGCACCUGCCCAUUGCAGUACCCGAUUGACGACGCGUACUAUAGAGAUUAAGAUUUGACGUAAAUUUUAGCAAAAUCAUAAACAUAAUGUACCAUUUAGUAUUUAAGUUAUUGCAGAGACCCUUGCUGAAACCUUCUUUAUGUUUUGUCUACCUGAUUGUCAACCUGACCCUUUGUUUAAAAGCCAAAUUGCUCGGUAUCUUUUGUUAUAAACAAACGACAAAUGUGAAAAGCACUUUCUUCAACUGUACAGUUGCCUCAUAAGCAGAUCCGUUUUGCGAUAGUAUACUAUGUGUUUGUGAUGUUUGAAACAAAAUAAAAUCGAUUUUUAGUAAAAUUCCAAAC